UGUAUGUGGCUGAUAUAAAGGGAAACUUAAUUCCUACAGAUGACAGAAUACCUGUACAUUCAAACAGACAACACAUAUCUUCGCUCUCUAACGGAAUCUUACUCAAUUCAAGGAUUUAUUUCAACAUGAGCGUGCUCAUAGAAAAGACCAGCGACACCGACAUGCAGAGAAACCAUAGAAAGAUUACAAAGCCUCUGAUGGAGCGCAAACGCCGAGCCCGCAUCAACGCCAGCCUAACAGAACUUAAGACUCUCCUCCACGACGUCAUUAUCAGAGAGAGAUACAACCAUUGUAAACUGGAGAAGGCCGACAUUUUGGAGCUCGCUGUGAGACACCUCAACGACAUUAACAGAAGGCAUGUUUAUGCUGCCGGUGCCUUCCAUCCUUCCGUCAUGGACAAAUACAAAGCCGGCUACAAGGAGUGUAUCAGUGAGGUGUCCAGAUAUCUUGCCAACACAGACGGUGUAGACGCCGAGAUGCGAGUGCGCAUGCUUAACUUCCUGGCCAACAGAAUGCAGGGAUCAUCUUCAGACAUCCCAGCCAACAUGUCUGGUAGUAUUCAACAGAUGCCAACAGCGGGACAGACAGAGCAGAGGCUCACCGCCCCUCCCCCCGUCGCCCUCGUGGCAGGAGUGGUGUCCCCACACUGUGUGAGAAGAAAUGAGUUUAUCAUGAAAUCUGAGCCAGUGUCUCCUGUAUCCUCCGCGCCUAGUUCGCCCAGUGGAAGCACGUCCUCUUGUCCAAACAGUCCUAUUGUUGGGUCGCCAUACGCCACAAACGGACAGUUUAAUUUUAAGUUGGACACUUGCAAAGGGUUCUUCACGACGCCCGCAGCAGUGUCUGUUGUCACUCCGCCGGAAGUGUAUGACCCUCUUGCGCGUGCGCAGGUUAUCGAAUGUGUCAAAAAUGAACUGUACACCCCAGGGCCGGAGAAGAGACAGCGAGAUAGAUUUGUGUGGCGUCCAUGGUGAACAGCUUUAUUCAGACUUUAACUGACUUAACAUAUGCCAAAUGUAAUGUUCUUAAAACACGUUUUAAAAGCGAACUAAAGGGAAUACGUUUUCAGAUUAUAUGGGUGUCUUGGGCUGAGACAAAUGGGGUUUUUAUUUUUGUAUUUAUGUUUGUGCUCUUAAUGAUCUCAACUUUAGUGAACUUUGUUUUUUAUGGACAGAUAAGGAUUUGAGUUAAUACUGGUCCUUGGUUACGAUAAUUGAGGGAUAUUUGUUUUCACUUACGGGUGGUUUUGCUUUCGCACCAAAGAAUAAAUGCCAAAAAUGUCAUCAUAA